AUGAUUGGACGUGUUGCAAAUGAUACGGAUGCGGAUUGUACAGAAGUAUUGGAAGAUAACAGUCGUAGUAUCUUGAUGGGUAUUAUUAAUCAACUACGAAAAGAUAUGGAUUUACAACGAGUGACGUUACCUACCUUUGUACUUGAGCCUAGAUCCAUGUUGGAAAGAGUCAGUGAUUUCUUCAGUCAUCCAGACCUAUUGAUAGAGGCGAGUACAAAGACAGAUCCCGUCGCUAGAUUUUUGGACGUGGUCCGUUAUUUCUUAUCUGGUUGGCAUAUCAAGCCCAAGGGGGUCAAAAAGCCGUACAAUCCCGUUUUGGGAGAAAUCUUUCGAUGUAAAUACAAAUACAAGAAUGGUACAGAAGCAGUGUAUGUGGCAGAACAAGUCUCACAUCAUCCACCUAUCUCUGCCUAUUACUAUGGUAGUCCUGAUCAUGGUGUGUAUAUCCAAGGAGACCUAAGACCGAAAUCACGGUUCUUGGGGAACAGUGCAGCUACCCUGAUGGAAGGUGAAAAUCAUAUCAUUUUCACUCAUUUGUUUAAUGAACGAUAUGAUAUUACCAUGCCUAAUGUCUAUGCCAGAGGUAUCCUAUUUGGUAAAAUGGUUUUGGAAUUGGGUGAUAGUUGUGUGGUUCGUUGCCGUACAAGCGAUUUGAUAUGUGAACUGGACUUUAAAACAAAGGGAUUCUUUUCCGGUCAGAAUAAUUCCGUCACGGGUAAGGUUAAAAGGGAAUCUACGGGUGAGGUACUCUAUGAGAUAUCAGGACAGUGGUCCAACGAGAUAUACAUCAAAAUGGCCAAGGGAUCGCAAAAGAACCUAUUUUUUGAUGUCAAGAGUUCUGUCAUUCAUCCCAUGAUUGUCCAAGACAUAGCAGACCAACAUGAAAUGGAAUCCAGAAGACUGUGGUCCAAAGUGUCUGCUGCACUUGUACAGGAUGAUAUGGAUACAGCGACUCUAGAAAAGACAUGUAUAGAAGAUAAACAACGUGAAGACACGAAAAAACGCGAGGCGUCUGGUCAAGAAUUUCAAUCAAAGUAUUUCAAUUUAACACAUGGCGAUUAUGAAUUUAAAGCCAUAUCCCAGUAA